CCUCGGCGCCGGCGCCAUGACCGCCCGCGGGGCCGCCCCGCUCGGCACCAUGCUCUUCGCCCUGGCGCUGGCCUGCGCCGGCCCCUUCCUGGAGCCGCGUCCCGAGGGCGGCCGGCGGGCGCUCAACGUGGCCGUCAUCCUCAGCGGCGCCUCCUACGGCCCCGCCGGCGCCCGCCUGGCCCCCGCCGCCUUCCGGGACUUCCCCCUGGACGUCAACCCGGUGGCGGUGGUGCUGAACGACACCAACCCCCGGAGCCUGAUCGUGCGCCUCUGCGACGUCCUCUCCUCGCUGCGCAUCCACGGCGUCGUCUUCGAGGACGACUCCGGCUCCGAGGCCGUGGCGCAGAUCCUCGACUUCAUCUCGGCCCAGACCUCGGUGCCCAUCGUCGGCGUCAACGGCGGCUCCGCCAUCGUGCUCACGCCCAAGGAGAAGGGCUCCACCUUCCUCCAGCUGGGCUCCUCGACGGAGCAGCAGCUCCAGGUGAUCUUCGAGGUGCUGGAGGAGUACGACUGGACGUCCUUCGCCGUCGUCACCACCCUCUUCCCCGGCUACGAGGACGUCGUGGACUACGUGGAGGUGCUCACCGACAGCAGCUUCAUCGGCUGGGAGCACCGCGGCGUCCUCACCCUCAACCUCACUGACGACCCCGAGGGGACGCGGCUGCGGCGGCAGCUCCGCGAGGUCAGCGCCCAGAUCCGGCUGCUCUACUGCUCGCGCGAGGAGGCCGAGGCCAUCUUCCGGGCGGCGCGGGAGGCCGGCCUCGCCGGGCCCGGCUACAUCUGGUUCGUGGUGGGCACCAACCUGGGGGGCAGCGAGGAGCUGCCCGAGGACCUCCCCGCCGGCCUCUUCGCCGUGCUGUCCUCCGGCUGGCGCGACGACCUCCAGCACCGGGUGCGCAACGGCGUGGCCAUCGUGGCCAAGGGGGCCGAGGCCCUGCUGCGGGACUACGGCUUCAUCCCCGAGUUCAACAACGACUGCCGGGCGCCCAACGCCACCCAGGGCAACGAUGACCUCCACCGGUGAGACCCCCCGGGGCGGGCGGUCCGGGUGUCCUGGGCAUCGCGGGCAUCGUGCACGUUGCGGGC